AUGGCGGGCAAUGACGCGGAAAAUGUUCAGUACCUUACUCCACCGGCCGUGAAUGCCUUACGGCAGGAGGCCCGGAGUGUCGAUCCGAAGAAUCUCCCUACGCGUACUUUGAGCAGUGAUACAAUGCGUGAAGAACGGGAGAACCUGAGGGAAGCAGCGGAGCAGACCCUAAAUGUCAUCGUCGACCUGGAUUUGGAAGGCCGUGUUAAAUGGGUUAGUCCGUCCUGGAAGCAGGUCGUGGGUACAGAUCUGGAUACGAUAGAGCGGCGGUUGAUCUCGGACGUUCUGGUGGACAACAAAAGUGCUUUUCUCGACGCGAUAGAAUCUCUGAAGGAGGAUGACUCCCGCAGCCGGUUCAUCCGUGUAUCUGUGCAGCUUGGUCCUGAUUCAGUGUUUAAGUACGCACCUGCACCACGGCCUCUAAAGCGGGAGCAAACGGAUGGAGCGGAUAGUGCGGCGGAGGAGCCUUCGUUCGAGAUGGAGGAGGAUGGCCCAGCUAUUCUGAACCUCGAAGGGCAGGGUAUUAUGGUUUAUGACCGUACAGCCGAAGGGGUCGCUCACACUAUGUGGAUGUUGCGGCCAUAUUCAAAACCACGAGAAGUUACUAUCGACUUGCCAUCAUCCUUGGUAGAGUCUUUGGGCGUUGGAGCUGAAGUUCUAGCAAACUACCUGACGGUUCUAGCGGAGGCGGCUGCAAAUGAACCAGAUCAAUCCAAACACCCUGCACCCGAACCUGUCUUAUGUCGCAUUUGUGAGCGUCAAAUAACUCCUUGGUGGUUCGAGAAGCACUCGGAUCUUUGCCUGCAAGAACAUCAAGCAGAGAUGGACGUUCAGAUCGCCCAAGAGAACCUCAAUGAGCACCGGCAUGCUAUCGUGAGAGUGCUAGACGCGUUAGAGGCAAGGCAGGGUAGACCAAUAAGUUCUCGCGAUGGUAGCUCCCCUCAUUUGCCUCAACCAGAAUAUAAAGGUCUGCCCAUCGGACCCUCGCCCGUCGCUUCGGCGCCCUCCUCAGGAUCUACGUCUACGACUAGCUCCGCUCCCGCAACUCCUCCUAGGUCCAGAGACCAGUCAGUCUCCGGGUCUGGUCAUAUACGUGCCCGUUCUUUUGCAGUUCGACGACCGCUAGCUCGAGUUGUUGAGUUGAUACUCGAUCUCUGCGAUACAGCUCUAGAAAUCAACAUGCCAGUUCUUAGAGAGUCGCGAGGCGACAACGGCGACGAAUUCCGAACCAUGUCACCACAAUCGGAGUCUCGUAUUUCUCAGGUGCUUCAAUGGCAUUCACCAAGCUCUAAUACUUUGGAACAGGAACAAGGUCUUGCUGCGCUGUGUACGGACACAGAGCAAGUCGCGAGAUCAAAGGUUGAUGCGGUUAUCCGUCAUCGCCGAAUUGUUGAAUACGCGGAAAGGAUUCGCAUUGAGUAUACCGUGCUGGUGGAAGAAUGCAUUACUGCGGCACUGAGAAAGGCCGAGCGUAUCGCUGCCGGGCAGCUGAGUGAUUCUAGCUCCUCUGAAGAUGAGACGCCAUCAGAUGAGACAACCUCCGACCCAUCUGCCUCCUCAGCGUCUAUAUUGGUGCAAAAUGCUGGUCAUGAGCCUGAGCUACCUCCGCCAGUGUCUGCUUUGACGAUGUCGAUGCGUAAUGCAACGGAUCGCUUCCAGUCGGGUCAUUCCUCUGAGGGGAAAUCUUCAUCUGCUGCUGUUUCAACUGGUCCAUCUAGUCCUAUGGAAUGUCCCACUCCUCGCUCACACAAGAGUGUCGCGAACCUGCUGGGGACUUCUCAGCCGUCGCGGCGUGGUUUGUCUUUGGCUGAUAUCGAUUCAGGCGAUCAAAGUGAUAGCAGCAUUGUCUCGUCUUCUAUAACUGGGGCUAUGCGGACUGACUCCCCGUCAUCGGAUCGGAGUCUGGAGCGUAAGCGCAGAAGCCUGGUGCUUCCGGGCCUGUCCAGCUCGCCACGGCGACAACAUUCGCCAGCUAGAGUGUCUGGACCUCAUUCGCCGCUGCGUAUGCCUAAGCCGCGUCUUUCCACUGGGGCUGAGAGUUUAUCAUCCCCAAUCGUAUCGCCCUCAUCCAAUCUAGGCGAGUUGGCUCUUCAUCAUUAUCGACAUCACCGCCGUCAAUCGUCAACGACAUCCUCUGAUUUGCCCAGGCCGCCUGUUUCACCUCAUUUAACGACUGCAAGCCAACCCCAACCACGCCCGUCACCUCCAUCCAUCAAAGACUUUGAAAUCAUCAAGCCCAUAAGUAAGGGUGCAUUUGGCAGUGUUUAUCUGUCCAAGAAGAAGACGACUGGGGAGUACUAUGCGAUUAAAGUGCUCAAAAAGGCUGAUAUGGUUGCCAAGAACCAGGUCACCAAUGUUAAAGCCGAGCGAGCGAUCAUGAUGUGGCAAGGGGAAAGUGACUUCGUUGCGAAGCUUUACUGGACGUUCUCCAGUAAAGACUACCUUUACCUGGUCAUGGAGUAUCUCAAUGGAGGCGACUGUGCUUCACUUGUUAAGAUCCUCGGUGGCUUGCCUGAGGAUUGGACAAAAAAGUAUAUUGCCGAAGUUGUCCUAGGCGUUGAGCAUCUCCACAGUCGAGGCAUUGUGCAUCGCGACCUCAAACCUGACAACCUACUCAUUGACCAAAAGGGUCAUCUGAAGUUGACAGAUUUUGGUCUGUCUCGUAUGGGGUUAGUUGGUCGUCAAAAGCGCGUUCUGAAGAGCAUGAACGAACAAUCAGGAGACAUCCUAAAGCAAGGAUCAUUUCCUCGAGCCACCUCAAUAGCUUCGUCUCGAUCUGCUUCGUUCGACUUUCAGGGAAGUGGCUCACCAGGGUCCACUCCGUUGAUCACGCCAGAUGUAGCAGGCAGCAUGCCUCAGCCGUCCUACUUUAAUUUGAACCAGAGUGGGCUUAGUCGACAACCAUCGCGUCGAGCAUCUGGGUAUCGCAGUGACAGUGGAGGUAGCGAAAAUUUGAAUGCGAUUUUCCGAACGUUGUCACUGAACGAAGGUGAAACGCCUGGUGCCAUGCCUAUUCCUCCUCCCCCCCCUUCUGACAGCGCACACGAGGAAGAGGGUCAGAGCGAGCCAGCCGAAUCCCCUUACUUACAACCACUUCAGCCGACACACAGCAAUGUGUCAACGGGUACCCCUCCUCAGCAAACCAUGAUGCCGCCUUUAAUGGCACUGUUUGACCCCGAGGAUCACAACAGACGCUUCGUGGGUACACCGGAUUAUCUGGCACCAGAGACAAUCAACGGUGUUGGUCAGGACGAAAUGAGUGAUUGGUGGUCUUUGGGGUGUAUCAUGUUCGAAUUUCUUUUCGGCUAUCCUCCUUUCAAUGCGGCCACCCCGGACGAAGUUUUCGAGAACAUACUUCAUCGAAGAAUCAACUGGCCCGGCGAAGUUGAGGAACUGGCAUCACCUGAAGCCAUUGACCUCAUGAACAAGCUCAUGGCUAUUAACCCCCGGGAGCGGAUAGGCGCGAACCUGGAAGAGAAAUAUCCCAAUGGUGGAGCAGAAAUUCGGAGUCAUCCUUGGUUUGCUGACAUCCAUUGGGAUACCCUCUUAGAAGAUAAGGCUCAAUUCGUCCCCAACCUGGAAAACCCCGAAGAUACGGAAUACUUUGAUGCCCGGGGUGCCACACUCCAGGCUUUUACUGAAGAAGACGAGAGUUCUCCUCAGGCUCCGGUUACAACUGGCUCAUAUAUUGACCGACCGCAUGACGCUCUUUAUAAAGUUCGCUCACAAGUUAACUCAAUUAAGCGGCCAUUGAUGCCCCUGCAUAUUCCUCCCCAUGUUCGGGAACCCCGAAGCAGAAGAUUAAGCGAGCCCUCAUUGGCAGAUGAUUUUGGAAACUUCGCGUUCAAGAAUCUUCCGAUGUUGGAGAAGGCUAACAAAGAUGUGAUUCAGAAACUACGACAGGAGGCGUUGCAAGCACAACAACGCCAGUCAAGCAAUGCAGGAACUCAGCAGCAACCGCAAACACAGGGCCAAACCCAGGCAACCGGUCCAACUCCACCCUCUGGACCGUCGCUUGAUGGAAGCCCAUUGCCAAUGUCUCUCCAACGGACCUUGUCCCAGUCGAAAGGCAACAACAGACCUGCGUCUCCAUCUUCCCUUAGUCAGGCCAACUCCUCACCAAGUCGACCCUCGCAGCCUUCAUCUCCUCUUCUUGUUCAGUUUAGCACCGGUCAUAACCAUGAGCGCAGAAAGACCUCAGGAUCGUCCUCAACAACAGCUUCACACCAGUCGAGCGGAUCGUUCCAGCCUGCUUCUGCUGAUCAAACUCGCGUGGCAAACAGCAAUAAAUUUGGCUCUGCCUCAUCGUCGCCCAUCAAACCCAACCGGGUUGGAACACAUUCUCCUGAUAAAUCAGGUCCAGGUCCACACCGUCAUGGGAGUGCUCCGUCAACAAGGACACGGUCACAAACUAUUGGUUCACAGGAUGGCGAGCUCUCUUCAUCCCUAGCCAGAGAAACCUACGUCCCUGGUCACCACAAACGCCGAAGCCAAUUGUUUGACGUCUCGCCUUCUUCAUCAGACAAUGAGGAUCCUCGAGCGAAAGCUUUACUAAAAGUGCAACGACGCCGCCAGAGCUCAAGGCGACUUUCGCAGAUCAAUUUUGCUGAUGGUCCGUUCUUCAGGCCCUUGGACAUCCUCAUUUGUGAGGAUCAUCCAAUCUCGCGCUUAGUCAUGGAGCGUCUUUUUGAGAAACUUCGUUGCCGCACUAUCACAGUUGCCAAUGGGGCAGAAGCAGUACGCUAUGCGCUCAGCGAGGUUCAAUUCGAUAUCAUCAUGACAGAGUUUAAGCUCCCGCAAGUUAACGGGGCCGACGUAGCGCGGAUGGUCAGAGAAACCCGUAGUGCCAAUCGACAUACGCCAAUCAUCGCGGUUACCAGUUAUCUCAAAGAUCUCCCAGAAACACAUCACUUCGACUCACUGAUCGAAAAGCCACCGACCCUGACAAAGCUGACGGAGGUUCUCUGCAAAUUCUGUCAGUGGAAGCCGCCUCCAAAAGACUACAAUCCAUCAAUGUUUGCUGCUCGCCAAACGCCCCCUACCCAAUCCGACCAUAGUCCAAGCUCAACAGUGUCAUCUGGGUUCGCACUGGUACCAUCAAGCUCAUACCGGGGGUCUAGUCGUGAAGAAUCUGUCGGCAGCAGUUAUUUUGGGGAUCUGGAUUCCAUCAAAGCUGAGGAAGUUCCCGUCAUUGUAAGCCGGCAAACGGACGACUGGUCCCAGGGCACGGGAGGUUUGGGUAUAUCUGAGGACUCAACUUCCGGACAAGGUAGCGCAGACUCAAAUCGCGGAGCCCAGAACUCAACGGUUCCCUUCCCCGGCUUGCCUCACGCUGCUCACAGUCCACCAGCAUUGAGUCCUUCGGGUAUGAUCACUCCGCGAAAACAGCGCUCUAGUGAAGCCAUUCGAGCAAAGAGAGAAUCGCUCGAGCGCAAACGCUACGAGUGUGCGGAGUCUGGCGAUGAUGAAGAUGAGGAGCUCGGAAAUCUGCCGUCCAGGACGCAAAGUCCAAGGAAUCGCGCGAGUCGACCAGGCUCUAAGCUGGGUAUUGAGAUGAUGAGAACCAAUAGCAGGGGCAGCGUCAUUAGCACAAGCGAAGAUGCUCUUAAGAAAGACAAAGAGGCCGGAGAAAGGAGCAGGAGCGGUGGUUCCGAUGACGCUGAUGAACAUGCACGCGAUAAAAUUAGGUCCGGUCGGAGCUCCUUGGAAAGCAAAUUUGAAGAUCUCAACAUCCCCGAAGAGGCUAUUUUACCAUCUAUCGAAGACGAUUUAAGCCCCAGGAACUCGCCUUCACCUCUCGCCCUGGCCUCAAGGUCUGCGCUGUUAACCUCUGACACCAAGCCACCAUGCUCUCGGUAUAUCACGAAAAUUCACAAACGGGCAGACAGUACUGCAAGUCUUGAAUCCCCUAAGCGAGGACAGAUAACUCCCCCCGUCGUCUUUCCCAGUCAGUCUCAGAAUCCCAGCGAGGCGUACCCGAGUACUCCCCCGAUCGUGUUCGACGGCCCGGCCGACUCGGGGCCAUACCAAUCAAGUCUCACUCCCAUCCCAGAUUCUGACGCCACGCCUCGGCCCAUGCAUACACCUUGCCCCAACCCUGAUACAGAGAAAACUCCUCGACCAGGGAGGUUAUCAACUUGGCACUGGUUCCAAAGCAGGAAGAAACCAGACCAAAACUUGCUUCAAGACUGUUGUAUCUAUAUGUUAGCAUCCCCCAUGCAAUGCAUCCUUACUGGAACCAUUUAUACCGUUGCUGAUGCGGGAAAAGAGAGAUGCUUUCCUCGCCUUUCGGCCAGAGUCCGUGCUAGGGAAUAG